UCUCUUCGGGCGGGUGGACUAAGAGGAGAAGAUCGCAAUUGGGCGGCGAGUAAUCUCAGAGGAAAUGGGCGAUCUUUACGCGUUGGAUUUCGAUGGAAUUCUCUGCGAUAGCUGUGGAGAGAGCUCUCUCUCCGCUGUCAAGGCUGCUAAGGUGAGAUGGCCUGGUUUGUUUGACGGUGUGGAUUCGAAGUUGGAGGAUUGGAUUGUUGAUCAGAUGUUCAUAAUACGACCGGUGGUAGAAACUGGGUAUGAAAAUCUACUGCUUGUGAGGUUGCUGCUGGAGAUGAGACUGCCAUCCAUCAGGAAGUCCUCGGUUGUAGAGGGGCUUACAAUCGAGGGGAUAUUGGAGAACUGGUCAAAGCUCAAACCUGUCAUAAUGGAAGAAUGGGACGAGAAAAGGGAACCUCUGGUAGAUCUUUUUGGAAAGGUCAGGGAUGAAUGGAUGGAGGAUGACUUGGCCACUUGGAUUGAUGCAAAUAGAUUUUACCCAGGUGUUGCUGAUGCUUUGAAGUUUGCAAGCUCAAAGGUCUACAUCGUUACCACAAAACAGGGCAGAUUUGCAGAAGCAUUACUACGAGAGCUUGCAGGAGUGACAAUACCAUCUGAAAGAAUCUAUGGUCUGGGAACAGGUCCUAAGGUUGAAGUGCUCAAGCAGCUUCAGAAGCAAUCAGAACACCAGGGCCUGACACUACAUUUUGUUGAAGAUAGACUUGCAACCCUCAAGAAUGUCAUCAAAGAGCCUGAAUUAGAUGGGUGGAAUUUGUAUCUUGGGAAAUGGGGAUACAACACCCAGAAAGAAAGAGAGGAAGCAGCUGGCAUUAGCAGGAUCCAACUUCUUGAGCUCUCUGACUUUAGUAAGAAAUUGAAAUAGUCAUUUCUCCACUAGAUCCCUAUUUAUUUAUUGGGUACCAAUUCCAUUUACGAAUGCAAAUGACACUUGAUCUACAUUAUUACUUAUGGUGUAGUCUGAAUUAGACUGAUUAAACCCAACAUUUUUUCUUUUUCCUUCCCAAACUGUUGAAAAGAUUUCUUUGGUCUCAGAAUAAAGGGUGCCAGGAUCACUGGAGUUGCAUGUGAUAUCCUA